AUGUCAAUAUUAACUUGGUUUUUUAUAUUUUUGAGAAUUAUGGUAAUUACCUUAUCAUUGACGCCGAAUUCCAGAAACAAACAGGUAAAUUAUACAAGUUCCAAAAUAAUUACUAUUAUAUGUAUUAUUUACGUAUAUCCAUUAUAAUAAUGAUGUAUUCUAUUUAUAAUUAUUUAACUGAUCACUUUUUGUUUUUACAUAUAUUUAGGUGUAUACAAAAAAUAUUUAUUAUAUAUUAUAAUAUAUCUUUUUAUCUACUAACCAUUUUUCUAUUAAAUAUAAUCGUAGAUUUUGAAAUUUCACAACAACUUUAUAUAAGUAAAAAUACAUUAAGAAAAUAUUUAGAAAAGACAAUUAUUUGUUUGUUAAAGUAUAUAUAAUGUUAAAUAGGGCUAUAUUUAAUAUUAAGUAAUUUUUAUAUUGAAUAUUUUUAAAAUUAAAAUGAUAAAUGAUAAAAUUUAAAUAAUUAUGUUAGAACAUUAUAGUUAUUAUUAACAAGUUUAUAUAAAGUCAAGAAUUGAUAUAUUUGGUAUAAUUUAAUUUACUCAGAAAAGACUUUAAUCCUCGAAAACUUGGCCCCUUACAAUAUAUUAUACAUAUACUAUACAGCACAGAUGUAUGAUAUCACUAUUACAGCAUAAUAUGUAUUAAACUGCAUCAUGUACAUGAUGAUACAAUGAUACAAUUUUUUAUUGUGUUUACUCUAAUGGCUGUUAGAUAUAUAUUUUACUAGAGCAACAGUUGAUUAAUUGAAUGUUUAAUAAUACAAUUGUAUAAGGAAAAUAUAAUAGUUCUUUACUCUUUUCACUAGUUCUUUUUCCAUAUUUUAAAUUUUCUUCUGCAAUAAUUUAUUUAAAUAUUGUAUAAUUACAUAAUAUUUUUAUAGACUUUCUAUAAAAUAAAAUUAUUGUUAUGUCAUAAAACUGCAACAUUAAAUCAGGAUGUUAUUCUCAAAUACAUAUUAAUAACUUGAUUGGAUGACACACUUUCUAAAAUUAUAUAUUUAAUAUACUUCAAAAAGUUUAUAUAAUAUAUUAAAUGCACAAAUAUGUAUGAAUAUAUUUAUUAAUUAAUAGGUAAUUAUUAAUAACAUUUUCAUUAGAUAAAGAAAAUUUAAAUAUCCACACUAGAAUAUCUAGAUACCUAUAAAAACGUUACCUGAGUAAAUUUUAAUUAUAUUUAAAACCUAUUUGUACAUAUCAAAUAUAAAAGUUGUUUGUGUUUUUUUAUUUACAGUGUUUUUAUUUACCCACUAGUUCAGUAAAAAUGUGUGUAUUCAAGUGUUUUACAGCAAAUGUUAAUUAAAAUGUAUGAAUCAUUUAAGUUAUUAUACUCACACUUCAAUAACAAAAUGUAUACAUAAUAUUUUAUUAUUGUAAUGCAUCUAUGCAGUUUUAAAAAAUAAUGGAUAUUAUAAUUUAUAGUUUUAUAAUCAUACCUCUAGGAAGGAGUUGGAACCUGUGGCUCCUGAACAUGCAAUCUGUAACUCUUUGGAAAAUGCAUCAAUAUCUAGACAUUCUAGAUUUAGAGCUAGACCCAUAAGGCCAUAAAAUAUAGAUUAAAAUUUGAUUAUAAUUUUUUUUACACUACAGACUACUCUCCAGAUUUGAAUAAUUUAUGCACAAAAAUUCAGUGUCAAAAAUCCCAUUUUUUAGACAGAUUGGUUUUUUUUUUAUUUUUGUGUCUUAAUGAGACUAAUUAAAUAAUGUAGCAUAUUUGUAUAAACAAUUAUAAUAAUAAUUUAAUAAUAUAUUAAUGAAAUAAAAAUUUUCUAAAUUUAAGACCCAUUAUUAUGUUUUUAAUACCUAUCAAUUCCCAAUGAAAUUGCUUAGUAAAAUAUAUUAGUUGUUUUUUGUACUAUGGUAUGUUUUUUGUUUUUUAUCUUAAUUUCAUUGGGACUUUGAAAAUCAUGGUGUUGCAGUUGUUUUUUUAAAGUGGUUCAUUUGUACUAAAAGGUUUCCAACCUCUGUCCUAGAGAAUACCGAUAUGGUAACUAAGUGAUAAUUGAUUUUUAAAUUUAUUACACUUUAGAAAUUUUAAUUAUUUUCGUUUCACAUUUAUUUUAUGCCUGAUAUUUCUAAACUUAUUCUUAAACACUUAAACUUAUUUCAAAUUGCCAUACCUAUUGAUACCUAUAUAAAUAAAUAAACAUUAUUAAAAUAUUUUCAGAUAUAUGAUAUUUAAUUUUAAAUAUCAAUUUGCCAUUUUUAGUUCAAUUUCAAAUAAAAGAAAUUAUUUAGUAUUUAUCAAAAUAUAGAAUGUUUAAUUAAUAAUCAUUUUUUUUUUUUUUUAGAGCAUUACUAUUUCACAAGAUACAAUAUACAAAUUAUGUCACAUGGGAAUUGAACAAAAAUUUAAACCAAUUCUAGAUGAAAUGUUAAUAGAAAGAGUAGUUGGAACAAAAAAUCAUGAAUUUAUAAAAACAGUAAAAAUAAAAUAUAAUAAAAUAACAGUUAUUCAAAAUAUAAAUUGUAUUGUGUAGAAUCUAACAGUUUUAAUUUAAAAAAAUUAGUAUAUUGCAGAAGAAAUGAAAAGAAAUGGAUGGACAGUGGAACUUGAUAAAUUCAAAGCACUAACACCAAAUGGAAUAUUAAAUAUGACUAAUAUUGUAGCUACUUUAAACCCCAUGGCUGAUCGAUAUAUGGUUAUUGCUUGCCAUUAUGAUUCCAAAUUAAUGGAUUUCUAUUUUGUGGGAGCCACUGAUUCGGCAGUUCCCUGUGCAAUGAUGAUAUACAUGGCAGAAUCAUUGAACCAACGACUUGAAGCUUUCAAGAAUACCGUAAUUAUAUAUUUUUUUAAAUUGUAUGUUAAAUAAAUCAUUAGUAUAUUAAACUAUUAUAAAAAUCUUUUAAUUUUAAGUGUCUGAUUUUUAUAUUUCGUAUUUUCAAAUUUUUGAUGUAAUAAUUAAGUAUCUAUUUUUUAUAGCAAAUUAAAAAAUAAUGUAGUGAAACCUCCCAUAACGGACACCUUCAAAUAGUGGACUUUUUUCAGGAUUGGUGAUAUUUUCAGGAUUGGUGAUAUUUUCAUUAUUCAUAUUUCUAAGAAAACCUUCAAAUACAGUACACUCUAAAAACAGAAACUUUUUAACCCUUAUCACUCAUGUGUUAGAUUUUUUUUAACAAUAUAUUACUUUAUAUAGUUUCAUCAAAAUAUGAACUCCAAAUAAGUUUUAUAUAAAUUAAUCUUAUCAAUGAUAAUAGUAUUAAACAUUGGUGCUGGUUUGUCAUGGCGAAUGAAAAUUUUAUAGCUCUGCCACUCAGGUUUAUUGUCGCCCUACCAUCCAUAUAACAAUAAAUACAUCAAAUAAAAUAUAAAAUAAUUUAACAGAAAAUACGUACCAUUACUGUUAUGUGCAUGCUUACAUAGGUGUUUAUCAUAAAUAAUCAAUAAUAUAAUAAACCUAUAUAGAAAAUAAUUAGUUUAUUUAUUGAUAUUUAUUAAUCUAAUAAUUUGACGAUAUACUGAUGUAAUAUUAAAAAAAAUUAAAAUUAAAAAAUGGAAUAAUAAUAAAUAUAAAAUAAUGAUAUAAAGUUAAAAAAUGUUUAUGCUUUCCAUGAUUCCCAUGAUUUCCUAUACAUCAAUAUAUCAUCAAAUUAUUAGAUUAAUAAAUAUCAAUAAAUAAACUCAUUAUUUUCUACAUCGGUUUAUUAUAUUAUUGAUUAUUUGUGAUAAACAUCUAUGGUAAGCAUUUAAUAACAAUAGUACAUAUUUUCUAUUAAAUUAUUUUAUAUUUAAACAAUGUAUUUAUUGUUAUAUGGAUAACGGAGCUAUACGAUAGUGGUACUAAAAGUUUAUUUUUUGAUUUUCCCAAUUUUCCAAACACAUGAGAAAAUAUAUGAAAUGUAUCGUGUCUUUUUUUUUCUGUGGACAACUUUUCUACCAGGAAUUUUGUUUGAGAUUUACAAUGAUAGCACCUCUUCUAAAAGGAAUUGAAAAGAUAAUUUUUUGAUUUUCCAAAGGUUUUUAUGGGUUUUCAAUGUAAAAAAACAGGAAAAUUGUAUGAAAUUAAAUUUUUAAAUCAUAAAUAUUACUGCCAAUCAAAACAUGUAUAACCAAACUCUGCUUAAAAACGUUUUUCGUUAGCAAUGAUUAAUCUUUGAGUACAGAUAUGCGUUCAAUUUUCCAUCUACCUUCCCAUCUUCUCACCUACAACAGUGGCCACCCAUUGUGUUAAGUAUGUCUAUUUAGAUUAGACUCUCUGUGAAGCGAGAAAGUAAUUAGUUUUACAAUGAUAUUUUUUUUUUCCUGUGGACAACUUUUCUACCAGCAAUUUUGAUAUGAUUUAGAAGGAUAGCACUUUUUCUAAAAAGAAAUUUGACUGGGGAGGUAUUUUCGGGAAGUAUUUUAUUUUUUUGAUUUUCCCAAGAAUUUUUCCAAUGAAUGAUAAAAAACAUGGGAAAAUUGAUAUAGUAUUCAACAAAUGUUAUUAAAGAAAAUACAAUGCAUAAUAUAAUUAUGUUACUAUAAUAUGACAUAUAUAUAUAGAGUCAUUUAUCUCUGAGGAUUUUAAUUGAAUUUGAUUUCUGUUUAUUCUAAUCAUUAUGGAAUUGUUUAAACUUUAUUUUAAAACCAUUUUGAAUUUCUUACCCAUGUUCCAUGUACCUUGGAUAAGUACAUACUUUUGAUUUUCCAAUAGGAAUUUCCCCUUUUGAAUACAGAUUUGAAUAGAAAAUAUUUUUCUAGAAAUUUUGAUAAGUAUAACACUAAUAUCAGAUGUAAAGUUAAAAUUUUAGACUGGAAGAGUAGGGAAGGUUAAUAAAUUGCCUAUUUAUAAAAAACCCUGUAUUAUUGACAAAGUAACACUUUCAACCGAACUCCCUUCAGAAUCGUUUUGUCAUUAUUAGUAGUUUGGUUUUUUUUUUUUUUUUUUUAAUUAGGGCGUUACAUUAUUUAUAGGUUAAAUAAAUUAUUGAAUAAAAGUACUUAAAGUAUUUAAAAAUUUAAUGAUUUUUAGAUAUUUUCUCAUUUUUACAUAACUUAAAAAAAGAAUUAAUAGGUAUUCUUGUAAUUUUAAUAAUAAAAAUAAUUAAUGAUAUUUAGUCAUCAAUGUAUAAGUUUGUUUCUUUUUUUUUAUAGUUUGUCAGUCAAUUAGGUUGCUGAUCUAUUUGAUUAUUAAUUUGUAUUUAUUAAAAUAUAAAUAUUGUAUUUAAAAUGUGUAAUUAAUUUUAAUAUACAGAUUGUAUACUUACAAUAAAAUAUAGUUAUUUUUUUCAAUAAAAAUUGAUUGAAUUUAGGUGCCUAAUUAAAAUUGUAUUUAAAUUUAUUUAGCCUUUAAGCUUGAUGAUGAUAUUUUUUGAUGGCGAAGAAGCAUUUGUGGAAUGGUCUGAAUCUGAUUCUCUUUAUGGUUCAAGACAUUUAGCUUCAAAAAUGGAAAGAACUACAUUUGUACACAAAGGACGUGAAAUUAAUCAACUGUAUAGAAUUGUAAGUUCUUUAUUGUUCUUAUAAAUAUAAAUGCUUAUUUUAGUUUUUUGUUAUAGGAGUUUUUAAUGUUACUAGAUUUAUUGGGUACAAAAAAUCCAAAUUUUUAUAAUUAUUUCCUAGAAACUACUGAUCUCUAUAAAUCAUUAAUUUCAUCUGAAAUAACCUUGAACAAGACUGGUUGUUUGAAUGAGUAUACUAGUGCCUAUUUCCGCCCAAUGUCUUCAUUUUUGAGAAUUGAUGAUGAUCAUGUACCAUUUCUUCAAAAAGGUAAACACUAAAUAUUCAUACUACUUUUAAGCAAUACUAUUAUUUUAUUUUUGUAUAUACAUACAGGAAUUGAAAUAGUUCAUAUGAUUCCACAUCCAUUUCCAAAAUGUUGGCACAAAGCGAGUGAUAACAAAGAUGCAUUGCACAUGCCAACAAUACUGAAUUUAAUAAAGAUCAUUCAAGUGUUUAUAGUUAGUUAUUUAGAAACACAGUAA